CAGCGGCCCCAUUGGCUGCCGGUCUGGAAGGCGGGCCCCCUGGGGGCGCGGGGCCUCAGGACCCCCGCUGGGCUCUCGGGUGACGGGUCCUGUCGCCGAUCGCAGCCGCUGCCCGGGAAGGCGGCCACGCUGGGAGCCAUGGGCAGGAAGCGGCUUAUCACCGACUCCUUUCAGGUGGUGAAGAGGCAGCAGCGGGACCCUGACACCAAGGAGGGGACCCUACAGCCAAGUGAAUGCCUGGCCCAUGGAGGGGCAGGGCCCCCAGAAGAUGGGCUCAUACCCCAGCCUGGCAAAGCCGGAUCUCAGGAUGCAGAGGCAGUGCCGGUCCCAGCUGAUGUCCCCCCAGGUGGCUCCUUGCACCCGGCCCAGCUGGAGAUGCUCAAACAGUUCGACCUCAGCUGGGAGUAUGGACCCUGCACUGGGAUCACCCGGCUGCAGCGAUGGGAGCGGGCUGAGUCCCUGGGGCUGAGCCCCCCUGUCACGGUGCGGGAGACAUUGCUGGAGCAUGAGGGAGACGCCAGCUUCAUGCACUGCCUCUGGCAUGACUACCCACUCUGAGAUGAGGCAGGGCUGGCCUUGCCAUACAGCGAGGAAGGGGGAAUCAUGCUGCCGCUUGGACUCCGCAGCACUUUACUCUGGUUCCUGAUUGGAAAAUAGCUCUGUGCUUGUAUUGGGGGGGGGGGGGCCUGGUGAUUGCAGUAUGGGGUGCCCAGGGCUGACAUUGGAUGGGCAAGCCCAGGUCCUGACAACCCAAGACCAAGCCGUGCUUUGUCCCAUCAGCUGGAGAGUGCCAUAUUCCAGAUUAAAGGGCCUGUUUGAGAA